CUCCUUUGUGCCCCCACCCAUUUUCUCAGCUCACGGACUCGUCUUGUUCUUGUUUCAAGAAUGUCUAACCGGAAGCAAAGCAACCCGCCUUCUCCGGCCACCGCCUCCUUCCUCCUCUCUCUCCUCGCCGCCGCCGCUUUCUCCUCCGCCCAUGCGGCGACGGCGACAUCCCAGAGCCCCAUCACAACGGUGGUCGUCCUGGUGAUGGAGAACCGUUCCUUCGACCACAUGCUGGGGUGGAUGAAGCGCCUCAACCCGGCCAUCGACGGCGUCGACGGCUCCGAGUCCAACCCGCUCUCCACCUCCGACCCCAACUCCACCCGCUUCCACGUCGACGACCGCUCCCACUACGUGGACCCGGACCCGGGCCACUCGUUCCAGGCGAUCCGGGAGCAGAUAUUCGGGUCCAACGACACGUCGGCGGACCCGCCGCCGAUGAACGGGUUCGCCCAGCAGGCCUACUCCAUGGACCCGUCCACGAACAUGUCCAGGAACGUGAUGAGCGGGUUCGACCCGGACAUGGUCGCCGUCUACAAGGCCCUCGUCUCCGAGUUCGCCGUCUUCGACAGGUGGUUUGCAUCGGUGCCGUCGUCAACCCAACCGAACCGUCUCUACGUGCACUCUGGCACGUCGGCAGGCGCCACCAGCAACAUCCCCGCCCUCCUCGUCGAGGGCUACCCGCAGCGCACCAUCUUCGAGAACCUUGCCGACGCGGGCCUCUCCUUCAGGAUUUACUACCAGAACAUCCCCGCCGUUCUCUUCUACCGCAACCUCCGGAAGCUCAAGUACCUCUUGAAGUUCCGACCGUACGGCAUCUCAUUCGCGGCAGACGCGAGGCGGGGGAAGCUACCGAACUAUGCUGUCAUCGAGCAGCGCUACAUGGACACCAAGGAGGAGCCUGCCUCCGACGACCACCCGUCGCACGACGUGUACCAGGGGCAGAUGCUCGUGAAGGAGGUGUAUGAGACGCUCAGGGCGAGCCCGCAGUGGAACCAGACCUUGCUACUGAUCACGUACGAUGAGCACGGCGGGUUCUUCGAUCAUGUCCCCACGCCGGUCCACGGGGUCCCCAGCCCGGACGACAUCGUGGGGCCCGAGCCGUUCAACUUCCAGUUCAACCGGCUGGGUGUGAGGGUCCCCACCAUUGCGGUUUCGCCUUGGAUCGAAAAGGGCACUGUUGUCCAUGGGCCCAACGGGUCACCCUCUCCGACGUCCGAGUACGAGCACUCCUCAAUCCCUGCAACAGUCAAGAAGCUUUUCAACCUCAGCGCGCCUUUCCUCACUAAGCGAGAUGCAUGGGCCGGCACAUUCGAGGGCAUCGUGCAAACACGCACUCAACCGAGAACUGACUGUCCAGAGCAACUCCCGACUCCGGUUAAGAUCAGGGAAGGCGAGGCUAAGGAAGAUGCCAAGCUAAGCGAAUUCCAGCAGGAGCUCUUGCAGCUCGCAGUGGUGCUGAAAGGUGAUCACAUUUUCACAAGUUAUCCCGAGAGAGUCGGGAAGGAGAUGACUGUCAAAGAAGGGAAGGAGUACAUGGAGGAUGCAGUCAAGAGCUUCUUUGAGGCGGGUCUUUAUGCCAAGAAAAUGGGUGUCGAUGGAGAGCAGAUUGUGAAGAUGAGGCCUUCACUCACUACAAGACCAUCAAAACCCUGAAACAUACACCCCCGCCCCCCCCAACCUACAGAUGCUAUACUAAAGCAGACCAGAAAUGUUUGAGCAUUGUGAGUAAAAACAAAAAAAGUGAAUAAAAUCUAAAGUUCACCUGUAACAAAAAAGUAAGCAGCAGAGGAAGGUGAUUAUUGUUUGCAAGUUUUCUCGCUUCAUCACAAUUACACAUCGCACAUAUUUUACAGGCUAUUUGUCAUUCUCUUUUGUUCUUA